AUGAAUACCUCCUCUCUGAUCAAGUCUUGCCAGGCGCACGACCACGCGAAAGCCGCCUCGGACGCCACCCAGACAGCCAACUCCACCGUAGCUAUCAACGAGCACACCCUCGCGGCCGGCGAGUUCUCCAAUGCCGCCAAAGUCACAUCCAGUAUCGAGGCCCUGAGGACUCUGAGGCUCCUCGAACAGCACCACCAGAAGCUCUCCGAACUGAUCAAGUUCUCCGUCGAUCACCCAGCAGAACACGCCGUCACCGAGAAGGAUGUGACCGAGGCCGAGGAGAAGGCUGGUGGUGCGCAGACAGGCGGUUCUGACACACAAUCGGACGCAGCCUCGGGCACAACGUCGAAGCCUCCCGCAGCCGUGCCAGGCCUGACAGCACAGCGUCGCUACCCCCCAUCCCGAGAGCUAUCAUCAUCGAUCGCCAGCAACCUCGCCUCUGCCAGGGGCAUUCGCGGCUCGAGACAUCGCGCACCGCCCGCCGCACCGAGUGUCUCCAAUGACCAAGCUCCCGGUAAUCUAGAUGCCACGGCCAGGAAGGAUGGCUCAAAGACAAGAAUGCAGCACAUGCUUGAUGCGAAGAGCGGGAAGCCAAAACCAAGCUGGGUGCCUCCACCACAGCCUUUCUCGGCGCAGGGCUCGCGCCCGGCCUCCAUCGACGAGGGGGCCGAAGAUGAGCCCAUGACCACCUCAGGCAUCACCGAGGAGGGCUUCUCGCGUUUCUACAGCACGUUUGGCAACAUCAUCAACCGCCUCUCAGCUCCCCUGGCUUUCGCUGGCCUGCCCCUGAUCACCGAAGAAUCAGGCACCCCAGAGAACGCCGUUCCGGAAUCGACCUCGCAGGCGAGAGGCAAGGCCAAGUCUGUCAGGGACCCCACCGAAGACCCAGAUCUAUCCAGGAUUUAUUCCAAGGCUGCUCUGCGAGCUGUGUAUCGAGAUGGCCACUCUGGCAACGACUCGUUCUACGUCGUCCCCACGAGCGGCCACACUGUCUCUUAUGCCAACAUACUGAAUUUUGACCAGAAGGAGAAGAGACGUGCCAUGGCGGCCUCUCUGCACGGUGGAACUGCCGAUGCGCGUGAUGACCCGGACGAGGAGGAUUUCGUCGACGCUAAGGAGUCACAGAUGAUCUUGUCUCCAAGUACAAAACGGCGUGUCGGGAAGAGCCAGACCGAGAAGGAGCUCUUCAACGUCAUCGAAGAGCUCAACACCGAAAACCAGAGCCUGAAAGGUAUGCUCGACAAAGUCACCAAACGCCUGCAUGCCUUCGAGGCGAGCGCCCAGCAUUCUCGGCUUGCCAUGGUGGACAGUAUGCGCCUUGCUCGGCCGGGGUCUCCACUGUCGCAGAGCGGAAGUGCGCAGGCUGCAGAUGAGACUCUGAGGAAACGAAACCGCGAGCUAGAAGAGGAGCUGGCCGCAGCCAGCAAGCAGUUUGAGACCCUUGAGAGGGACAACAAACAUCUCAGGCGGACACUCGAGAAGUAUCGUGAGAAAUGGGAAGCCCUCAAGGCCGGGGCCAAAGCUCGAAGGGAAGCCUCUCAUUCGGCUGAUACCUAG